CGAUCGGCUGAUUCACUUAGUCGAUCCACAAAUAGGGAUGUAAACUCCUCAAACCAACCCUCUGUGAUCUCAUAAAGGACAACAUACCUCAUAAAACCAUCAAACCCAAACCUAGUCUACCUUGGGUCACUCCUGACAUUAAACACCUUCUCAGGAAAAGAGAUUGACUCUAUAAAAAGUGUUAACGUUGGCUACAUUCUACGAGAAAUAAAAUGACGAUGCUUGGAAAAGCAGAAUAUGGAGUGACAACUUUUUUCACUAGAAGCCAUCCCAAUGACAAAUGUGGAGCUAAUGGUCUUCCUCUGACACCUAACUCAGUGAAAGUCCUGGGACGUUUCCAAGGCCUCAAACAUCUGAAACACCCACAGAUUUGUAAAUACCUGGACAUCGUCAAAGACAAGCAUGAACGAAUGGUGAUAGUAUGUGAACAUUACCGGAACUGUCUCAGCAGUAAAUCCAGCACAUUUUCCAGCAGGGAAAAGUUGACAGAGAUUGCUUACGGAGUGCUGAAAGGCCUGGCCUACCUUAACUCAAUAGGAAUCACCCACAGAAAUCUCUCAAAAGACAACAUUUUAUUUGAUGCUGAGGGUCAAGUGAAGUUGGCAGAGUAUGGUCUGUACUACAUGACAGGAUAUGGGGCUGAGGUAGCCUUUCCUAUUGGGAUGCCCCAGUACCUCGCUCCUGAGGUUCUUGCAGAGGCCCCAAUUACUGUGGAUGAGCAUUCUGAUGUAGAACCUGAAGUUCUAAACCCCUCCGGGCCCAAGGUGGAUGUAUGGUCUUUGGGUAUGAUCUUGCUGGAGAUGAUGUGUGCACAAGACUUAUGGACUGGUUUGACAAUGCCACAGAUAUUCCACAAGAUAUUUGCUUUUCUAAAAACAGACCAGUCCCCAUUACAGAGUAUAGCUAAGGACAAUAGUCUCACUGAAACACUGAAGACAUUAACGCCUGAUGUGGUAGAAUUUUUAAAUAAAUGUUUGACAGUAUCUGUGAAACACAGGCCUAGUCCUUCUGAACUACUGAAGGAUGACAUUUUUACAGAGCUCAGAUUGAAAGAGGUGCCAUACAGGAACGGGUUCCAACUCUUCUCUACAGAGUCACGAUGUAAAGAUCUAGAACUACCUGUCUAUGGAGAAAAUGGUACAAUAAUGCAAGAUUUUGACUUUGACCACCUAUCGUUGAGGAACAUGGAGGAGGUGUACUAUCUGUGGAGAUUGGCGGGUGGUGACCUUGAGGCUUUACUACGCAAAGAAGGACUAGUCAUAACAAAACCUCCCAUCACCCUCCUUCCCAGUUUCUGUACCAAUGAGGGCGACGUGUUUGGACAGAGGAGAGACCGCGCAGAACUACUGGACAGCAUUGUUAUCACAGCUUCACAGGAACAACUACGAAAUCGACUAUCAGAAGUGGAUGAGAAGGCUUAUUAUCCUUUGUUGGAAGAUGAACAAAGCAGCAUGACCAGUAGCCUGCCUCUGUCCCCCAGUAGUUCUGACCUGACCAAUACAGCUAGUCUGCCACUGGUUAUCAAGGAGAAGGAUGUUGAAUAUCAGUUUCAUCGGAUUAUUCUGUACGAGCGACUGCUGAAAGCCUACCCCUACAAGAGAGCCCAUAUCUGGAAGGAGGCGCGUGUGGACAUCCCCCCGCUGGUCAGGGCACCUGUCUGGGCAGCUCUCCUGGAGGUGGAGGGUGAUAUUGAAGGCUUGUACAACAGUAUUGAUAAAGACACAAUUACGCCCACUGAUAGACAGAUUGAGGUUGACAUCCCACGGUGCCACCAAUAUCAUGAGCUGCUGUCCUCCCCGACGGCACAUGUUAAGUUUAAGCGUGUACUGAAGGCGUGGGUGGUGAGCCACCCCGAGUAUGUGUACUGGCAGGGACUGGACAGCCUGUGUGCUCCAUUUCUUGCCCUUAACUUUACAAAUGAAGCCCUAGCAUAUGCCUGUUUAACAGCUUUCAUUCCUAAAUAUCUACACAAAAUAUUUCUGAAAGACAACUCUCAGGUUAUCCAAGAAUAUCUAGCUGUGUUCAGUCACCUUAUAGCAUUCCACGACCCAGAGCUUGGCAAUCAUCUUGAUGGAAUCGGUUUCAUUCCAGAUUUGUACGCCAUCCCGUGGUUCCUGACUAUGUAUGCACAUGUGUUCCCCCUUCAUAAGAUCGUUCACCUGUGGGACACUCUACUGCUGGGGAACUCCUCCUUCCCGUUGUGUAUCGGAGUAGCCAUCUUGCAGCAGUUCCGUGACCGUCUACUCUCCUUUGGUUUCAAUGAAUGCAUUCUCUUGUUCUCAGAUAUGCCAGAGAUCGACAUCCAGAGGUGUGUCCAAGACUCAAUCAAGAUUUUCUGUAGCACGCCAAAAAGUGCCACCUACCGCCAGCAUGCCCGACCACCCAAGAAAGCACAGAAAGAGGAAAGUCGCCCCAACUUGUCGUAUUACUCACGCGACUAUAAUGACCAGCCCUCUACAGAUCUGUCUAUGGAGCCAAUACCGAUCGAGGAGUUGAAGCGAGAAAAGGUGCCAAGGAUUUCUGCAGAGGACCUGAUUGAAUUGGGUGAAUUGACAGGUCCUGCACACAGCAAAAGUCCAACCAAACGCAAACAGAACAGCAAACCCAUGUUGUUGGUGGUAGAUGUUCGCAGUGAGGAAGAAUUCAAUAAAGGUACAGUGGAGAAGAGUAUCAACAUUCCAUUCCAUUCUGCUUUUUCACCUGAAGGAGAUCUCAAUGCUUGCCCUGCCGUCACAACCUUGACCUCCAGCAGGCCACAGGUCAAGGUCAUUGUUGGAAGUAGAGGGAAAAAUGCUGUGAAUUUUGCAAAUGAGAUUAUACGCCUGGGUAUUUCUAAAGUCUGUGUCCUCCAUAAAGGUAUUGACGUCUUACGACAAACGGGUCUAUUGAUGCUGCCCCCAGCCGACAUCUGAUACAUCGCCCCGGGUCUACUUUCAGCCGACAUUUGAUACAUAUAGAUGAUUAUAUUACCUUUGUGGUAUCAGCUGGUUUCCCCUGGGGACCAAGUUAAAAACUGAAUGUUUGAAGAGCCCCACACUGCUGGUCCAGUGUUAAUAUGCUACUGGAGCUAGUGACAGUAGCAUUAUAGUAUGGUGGUGCAUGUGCUACAUCAGACUCAAUUAACCUGAUUACGUGUCAACACUUUCAGGGUCAACAAUCUAGUU